GAGAGAAAGGCUGCUGGGCGCGGGAGGGCGCGCUGGGCGGAUUCGAGCGUCUCGGAGGCGGUUUGCCUGCCGGCCCGCGCGGCGGCGUCGCGGUGCGGGAACCGGUCCCCGUUGACAGCUCCGCGCCUUCCGGCCGCGCCACUCGGGUGGCGGCUUCCUCCCUGCGCUCCCUCCGCGAGUCCGCGCGGCCUCUCUUGAGGAGGAGAAGCGGGGAGGCGGCGGAGGUCGUCGGGGGCGGCGGGCGGUGAGCGCGCUCCCGCUUCCCCGGCGGCGGCCGCAGGACAAUGGAGGUGGCUGUGGAGAAGGCGGCGGCGGCGGCGGCUCCGACCGGGGGCCCCGCAGCGGCGGCACCGAGCGGGGAGAACGAGGCCGAGAGCCGGCAGGGCCCGGACUCCGAGAACGGCGGCGAGGCAGCCCGGCUCAACCUGUUGGACACUUGCGCCGUGUGCCACCAGAACAUCCAGAGCCGAGCGCCCAAGCUGCUGCCCUGCCUGCACUCGUUCUGCCAGCGCUGCCUGCCCGCGCCCCAGCGCUACCUCAUGCUGACGGCGCCCGCGCUGGGCUCGGCAGAGACCCCUCCACCCGCGCCCGUCCCCGCCCCCGCCCCGGGCUCCCCGGCCGGUGGUCCUUCGCCAUUCGCUACCCAAGUUGGAGUCAUUCGAUGCCCAGUUUGCAGUCAAGAAUGUGCUGAGAGACAUAUUAUAGACAACUUUUUUGUGAAGGACACCACUGAGGUUCCCAGUAGUACAGUAGAAAAGUCUAAUCAGGUAUGUACAAGCUGUGAAGAUAAUGCAGAAGCUAAUGGGUUUUGUGUAGAGUGUGUCGAAUGGCUCUGCAAGACAUGUAUUAGAGCUCACCAGAGAGUGAAGUUCACAAAAGACCACACAGUCAGGCAGAAAGAAGAAGUAUCUCCAGAGGCAGUUGGUGUGACCAGUCAGCGACCAGUGUUCUGUCCAUUCCAUAAGAAGGAGCAGCUGAAGCUUUACUGUGAAACAUGUGACAAACUGACAUGUCGGGACUGCCAGCUGCUGGAACACAAAGAGCAUAGAUAUCAAUUUAUAGAAGAAGCUUUUCAAAAUCAAAAAGGUAUCAUAGAUACACUAAUCACCAAACUGAUGGAAAAAACAAAAUAUAUAAAGUAUACAGGAAAUCAGAUCCAAAACAGAAUAAUUGAAGUAAAUCAAAACCAAAAGCAGGUGGAACAGGAUAUUAAAGUUGCUAUCUUUACAUUGAUGGUGGAGAUAAACAAGAAAGGGAAAGCCCUUCUGCACCAACUUGAGAGUCUUGCAAAGGACCAUAGAAUGAAACUUAUGCAACAACAGCAGGAAGUGGCUGGACUUUCCAAGCAGUUAGAGCACGUCAUGCAUUUUUCUAAAUGGGCCGUUUCCAGUGGCAGCAGCACAGCACUGCUUUACAGCAAGCGGCUGAUUACAUAUCGGUUACGGCACCUUCUUCGUGCAAGGUGUGAUGCUUCUCCUGUGACCAACAACACCAUCCAGUUUCACUGUGAUCCUAGUUUCUGGGCCCAAAACAUUAUUAACCUGGGUUCUUUAGUAAUCGAGGAUAAAGAGAGCCAGCCACAAAUACCUAAGCAGAAUCCUGUCGUGGAACAGAGUUCACAGCCACCAGGUGGUUUACCUUCCAACCAGUUAUCCAAGUUCCCAACACAGAUCAGCCUAGCUCAGUUACGACUCCAGCAUAUGCAGCAACAGGUAAUGGCUCAGAGGCAACAGGUGCAACGGAGGCCAGCACCUGUGGGUUUACCAAACCCUAGAAUGCAAGGGCCCAUCCAGCAACCUUCCAUCUCUCAUCAGCAUCCGCCACCACGUUUAAUAAACUUUCAGAAUCACAGCCCUAAACCCAAUGGACCAGUUCUUCCUCCUUAUCCUCAACAGCUGAGAUACCCACCAAACCAGAAUAUACCACGACAGACAAUAAAACCCAACCCCUUGCAGAUGGCUUUUUUGGCUCAACAGGCCAUAAAACAGUGGCAGAUUAGCAGUGGACAGGCUCCUCCCACAACUGCCAGCAGCUCCUCCUCUACUCCUUCCAGUCCCACGAUCACAAGUGCAGCAGGGUACGAUGGAAAAGCUUAUAGUUCACCCAUGAUUGAUCUGAGCGCACCAGUGGGAGGGACUUAUAAUCUCCCAUCUCUUCCAGAUAUUGAUUGCUCAAGUACUAUCAUGUUGGACAAUAUUGCAAGGAAAGAUACAACUGUAGAUCAUGCCCAGCCAAGACCUCCAUCAAACAGAACGGUGCAGUCACCAAAUUCAUCAGUGCCAUCUCCAGGCCUUGCAGGACCUGUUACUAUGACUAGCGUCCAUCCCCCAAUACGUUCACCUAGUGCCUCCAGCGUUGGGAGCCGAGGAAGCUCUGGCUCUUCCAGCAAACCAGCAGGAGCUGAUUCCACACACAAAGUCCCAGUAGUCAUGUUGGAACCAAUCCGAAUAAAACAAGAAAACAGCGGACCACCUGAAAAUUAUGAUUUUCCUAUUGUUAUAGUAAAACAAGAAUCAGAUGAAGAAUCUAGAACUCAAAAUACUAACUAUCCAAGAAGCAUACUUACUUCCCUCCUCUUAAAUAAUAAUCAGAGCUCUGCUUCUGAGGAAGCUGUGUUAAGAUCUGAUGCUCCUGAUAGCACAGGAGAUCAACCCGGACUUAAUCAGGAGAGUUCUUCAAAUGGAAAGCCUGAGUGGCUGGAUGCCUCCCAGAAGUCCCCUGUGCAUGUCGGAGAGACAAGGAAGGAAGAUGACCCCAAUGAAGACUGGUGUGCAGUUUGUCAAAAUGGAGGGGAACUCCUUUGCUGUGAAAAGUGUCCUAAAGUAUUCCAUCUUACUUGUCACGUGCCCACACUGACAAAUUUCCCAAGUGGAGAGUGGAUUUGUACUUUCUGCCGAGAUUUAUCUAAGCCAGAAGUUGAAUAUGAUUGUGAUGCUCCCAGUCACAACUCAGAUAAAAGGAAAACUGAAGGCCUUACUAAAUUAACACCAAUAGAUAAAAGGAAAUGUGAACGCCUGCUUCUCUUUCUUUACUGCCAUGAAAUGAGCCUGGCUUUCCAAGACCCUGUUCCUCUGACUGUGCCUGAUUAUUAUAAAAUAAUUAAAAACCCAAUGGACUUGUCAACCAUCAAGAAAAGACUUCAGGAAGAUUAUUGCAUGUAUACAAAGCCCGAAGAUUUUGUAGCUGAUUUUAGAUUGAUCUUUCAGAACUGUGCUGAAUUCAAUGAGCCUGAUUCAGAAGUAGCCAAUGCUGGUAUAAAACUUGAAAGCUAUUUUGAAGAACUUUUAAAGAAUCUGUAUCCAGAAAAAAGGUUUCCGAAACUAGAAUUCAGGAAUGAAGCAGAAGACAGUAAGUUCAGUGAUGACUCCGAUGAUGAUUUUGUACAGCCCCGGAAGAAGCGCCUCAAGAGCACAGAGGACCGCCAGCUGCUAAAGUGAGCAGCUCCAGGGCCAUAUACCUUCUAAGAAAAUUUCUUUUACAAGAAUAAAAACAAAAACCUUGUCAACAUCGUGACAAAGAAGGUUUAUGAGCUCUGAUCUGUCUUUGCUGUUUACUAGACAUUGGUUUCUAUAAUAACCCAUUACUUUGACCUCUUGUCAUUGAUAAUUUAAAAAAAGAGGAAGGAAGGAAAUGUGUGGAAGAAUAAAAGGAAGAAGAAACAGCAAAGAAAGAAAAGACAUUCUUCCCACUUCUUGAAAACAACAUUCGGGAAUAAAAGCUACAAUAGAAAAUAGAUUUUGAAGUAAGUUGAGAUUUUAGUGUGAUUUGAGUGUGUGUGAUCAUCCAUUUUUAGAAUAUUAAUGCCACUAUCCAUUAAUUAUGGCCAACACUAAGAGUAAGGUAUGCUGUGCUUAAAUAAGCAACCCUCCCCAAAGACAAGUGGGAAGAAGAGUCCUUUCCCCGGUGCUUGCUGGGAAGGUGUAGACAGAUGCUAUUAAGACACCUAGUGGUGUCCAUGUAAGAUGGCAAAUGCAUUAAAGAAAAUCAGGAAAAAAAAUGUUUGCUUAUUGUUUUUGUUUUUAUCUUGUUUGCUGGAGAUGUUGGGCAUAGCAGGUCUUCAAGGCCAUUCUUUCAUGUAUUUUCCAGAUCUACCUUUUUGUUCAGCUUCCUUUAAGGAAGGAAGUGUGCAUGUUAGGUGUUGCUGUUUGAAUCUUGUUUUCCCCCACUGUGUAAGUAUGCAAGUGUGCUCGUAAAGCAGGCCUCAUUGUUGUCAGUGUGCUUUUACUCUGGUUUGUUUGUUUUAUCAAGACAGGGUCUCACUAUGUAGCCCUAACUGUCCUAGAACUAAAACUCACUGUGUAGACCAAGCUGGCCUUGAACUCAGAGAUCCACCUGCCUCUACCUCCUGAGCGCCGGGAUUAAAGGUGUGCACCACUAUGCCUGGCUCACAGUGUGGCUUUUAGUAGUACCAUCAAAUAUAAAAUACAAUAGGAUACACCAACAUUUGAAAGAUUUCUUCAACUUCCGCCCUGGUGGCCACCCACUUGAAAAGGCUUUCAUUUGUCUUUAUCAUUUUAAGUGGAAAGUAUUUUGUCGGGUUUGGAAAAGAUCAGUUGUAGGGGGUGGUAUGAGUGGGAAAAUAAAUUACUUUUUCUGAAGCAUCUUUUUGCUGGCUUUCUGAUCACUUCUUUUUGUUUUUAAACCAGAAGUUCAUAUUUUAUCAUUGACCUGCCUUAAUUUAAAUUUAAUUUUCUUUCUGGGAGGAGAAAAACAAUUUAUUCCUUUUGCUUAUUUGGUGGGUUUUUGGGGGGUGAGGGUGUUCAGAUGAACAGGGCACCAAAUGAGAUUGAGAUAGAAUAAAAGUGUUAGAUUAUUGUACUAGCCCAAUAUUUGACAAAAUAUAAAAACAUUUUUAGUUUGUCAUAAAACUAAUAACCUUUAGUAUUAAAGCAUUUUAAUCGUUUGACUAGAGAAAUUUUUUUCUUCGAGUUGAUGGAAUAAAACACAGCUGACAUGAGGAUUUAUUUGGUUUCAUUGCCUCCCGUGAAUUAAAAUUUAGCUAGAUGUGGUAGAUGUAUUGGCAUUACAAUGCCAGCACUUGGAAGGUGGAGGCAGGGAAACCAGAAAGAAGUUCAAGGUCAUCCUACCUAGCCAAGUUGAGGCCUGCCUAUGCUAUAGUAAACCUGUUUGAGUGGGGGAAUGAUGAUGGCUUACGUUACUUACUAAGACUGCUAGCUGGAAAAUAGUGUAUUUAUACGUUACUAGCAAUAGUUUACCAUUCUCUAAGUAAACAAUCUAUAAUCCAGUUAUAUAUUGUAACAAUCUUAAUCCGCUUUCUAAAUAAUGUGUUAUAUGGUGAUGUUUGUUGUGUUGAUUUGAAUGUGCAGCUGACAUUUGUUCUGCAAACAUAGUCUGAACAAACCUUGACAAUAUAUAGACCCUUGGAGAAGUGAGGUUCAGUUCAGUCUGGCCUUGAACUCUGGUCCUUCUACCUCUUCCUCCCUGGUGCAGGGAUUACAGUAGUGGGCUACCAUGCCCUCAGCUUGGGGAUUUUUUUGUUUUGUUAUUGGGAGUAAAUGGAUAAUAUGCAUUCCUUUAACUUGUAUGGUUGAGGCCAGCAUUUUGAGUCCAGCAGCUGUGGAACCUUUUUUUUAAAUAUUUUAAAAUUUAUUUAUCUUUAUUUUACGUGUAUGCACAUUUGCCACCAUAUAUGUACGUGCACCAUGUGUGUGCCUGGUGCCCACUCACCUAGGCUAGAAGAUAUUGUGUACCCUAGAACUAGAGUUACAGAGGAUUGUCAGCCGCCAUACGGGUGCUGGGAACCAAACCUGGGUCCUCUGCUCUUAACCACUGAGCCAUCUCUCCAGCCCCAGCUGUGGAACUCUGGGCAAUGCAUUUGUUUUUGCUCUUAGAAUACUAUUCUCUGAUCGAUUGUCUUCCAUAAUUGCCAUUUGUGUUAAAGCAGUACUUAUGUAAAUUAUUUUGAGAAUUACCAUUAAGGGGGAGGCAGGGCUUCAAUAAGGUAAACAUAAUUUUUAUGUAUUUCAGCCAGAAUGUCUACUAAUACAUCCCAAAUAGUCACUAUGCCAUAGUAACUUUUCACAAUGUUACAUUUCACCAUUACCAGUUUUUGCUGAGUCAAAGACAGUUGA